AUGUCUGAUAACGAAAAUCAACCAAAGGAAGAGAUUCCAAAGGAAGAAAAGCCAGAUACCCACAUUAACUUGAAAGUAUCUGAUGGUUCAGCCGAAAUUUUUUUCAAAAUUAAGAGAUCUACCCCAAUGAGAAGAUUGAUGGAAACUUUCUGUAAGAGACAAGGAAAGACUAUGGAUACAUUGAGAUUCUUAAUGGACGGAACUAGAAUCGCACCAGAGAGUACUGCCGAUGAGUUAGGUUUAGAGGAUGGUGACGUUAUCGAAGCACACCGUGAACAAGUUGGUGGAUGUUAA